AUGAUCCGACGUACCUUCUCCCGUAUUAUUCGCAUGGACUUCCAAAUACUCUAUGGUGCCUACGUCAGACCGCUCCUGGAGUACGCCAACGAAGUUGUCUACUCAGGACGUACGAAAGACGUUACCCUCGUUGAGCGUGUCCAGCGGGCCGCCACGAGAAUUGUUGCCGGCCUCAAGUCCGUGGACUACGAAAUGCGUCUCGCGAUGCUUGAUCUCUUUCCCCUGGAGUACCGUCGCCUCCGAGGGGACCUAAUUCUUACCUACGCCUUGUUUGAACAAAGCUUGGCAAACAGCUUAAGCACAUUGGUUGUGCUAAACUCCCCAUCACUCUCCACUCGCUUCUGGCUACACGCAUGUGGUGAUCCAGAGGCUGCUGCGGCGGGAUGUGCCGGAGGUGGUACCGUCCUAAGUUACCGGGCGGAGAUCCGAAUGUUAGACGAAUUUAACGGAAUUAUAUUCCAGAAUCUCCCAAAUGCUCCACCGUCAGAUUUGAGCUCAUGUUGGGACGAGAUCACCAACCCUUUGCAUAAUGCUUGGAAUUUUGCCUGUGGUACGGCACCACCAGGCGCACUCGAGCACUGGAUAUCAGACCGAACCGUGGCAUUACGCGCAUUCGACUUGGCUGACUGGCCUGUUCUUCUUGACACGCUUGUCAACCAAGGAAUGCCCGGGAAGUUUGUGACCAUGACAAGCUAUCUGUAUUUUCUGAUUUCUGGAUGUGUGAGGGUAUACGGUGAGCUUUGCCAUAUUUUCCGUACACAAAGCGGUGUCCCUCAGGGAUGUCCACUCUCUCCAUUCUUUUUUAACUUCAUGAUUCGUGAAAUCAUGAAACGAACGCUGGAAGGUCUGCAGAUCCCCGGUGUUCAAAUAGCCUGUGGCGAAAACCUUGUCGAUGUGGAAUAUGCAGGCAGCAUCGUCCUUGACUUCGAAGAGCAAGAGAAGGCGCAGGUGUUUUUGAAUGAACUGAUCAAAGUCACUUCUGCACAUCCGAGUUCAUUCACAACCCUAAACAAUUCGAAGUAUGUUUUCAAACACCAAAAGCCUGUCUACUUAUCCACCUUCAAUGUUCGCACACUGAAGCAAGCAGGUCAAGAGGUGGCUCUUCCGCGCACGCCGGAUCCCCUCUGUAUUGACCUAUGUUGUCUGUCAGAAACGAGGACGCAGGACACAAGUACUGUGAUCGAACUGACUGCCCCUUCACACUCUUCCAGGUUCCGGCUGCUUACCUCUGGUGAUGCAGAGGCCGCUGCAGCUGGAUAUGCUGGGGACAGUUUCUAUGACACUCUAGGAGCCCUUCUACAGCAGGCCAAAAGCCCAGAUAUCGUUGUGGUUGCUGGUGAUACGAACGCCAGACUUUUGGACAAACUACUUGUGGCUUGUCCCAACUCAGAGUACUGCGCCGAGGUACUUACGCGAUGUGAUCUCGAGUCUCAUUUGGCCUACUGGUGUCGCGGUGCUGUGGUCGCCUGUGUGAACAACAAACUCGGUUGUCCUUACUUGGGGUUACGAGCCGACCAGCCUGCCCAUCGAUGGAGUUGCCAGUUUCAGACACCAGCACCUCGUAGCUCUUCUAACGUUGGUUCCGACCUCACCACUUCAUCUCCAGAUGUUGAUCCAUCCUCUUCCAAGACAUGUACUGUUUCUCGAGAAAUGUCCGCGCGACCCUCUUUUGAGAAGCUUCCAGCGUCCCAGUUUGCAAGUUCGUUAGAUCCGUUGGAUACAAAAUGCGGCCAUACGUUUUGUUCGUCCUGUCUGAAAAAUCAUCUGGCUGUCCAAGCACUUUGUCCGGAAGACAAACAGAUUAUCAACUAUCUGGAAUGCCAACAAUCUUCCAACUUAGUCAAGCGACUUUUGGACAAACUACUUGUGGCUUGUCCCAACUCAGAGUACUGCGCCGAGGUACUUACGCGAUGUGAUCUCGAGUCUCAUUUGGCCUACUGGUGUCGCGGUGCUGUGGUCGCCUGUGUGAACAACAAACUCGGUUGUCCUUACUUGGGGUUACGAGCCGACCAGCCUGCCCAUCGAUGGAGUUGCCAGUUUCAGACACCAGCACCUCGUAGCUCUUCUAACGUUGGUUCCGACCUCACCACUUCAUCUCCAGAUGUUGAUCCAUCCUCUUCCAAGACAUGUACUGUUUCUCGAGAAAUGUCCGCGCGACCCUCUUUUGAGAAGCUUCCAGCGUCCCAGUUUGCAAGUUCGUUAGACCCCCGACCACUUCCAGAUGGCCAUAUUACUUUCAUCGACAUCAAACUGGAUGGACGUUCGGAGCUAGGUAUAAGCUUAGUCGGUGGGUGUGAUACGCCUUUGCUUUGUGUGAUUAUUCAAGAAAUCUAUUUGGACGGUCUUGCUGCACAGGACGGGCGACUGCGCCCAGGUGACCAAAUCCUAGAGGUAAACGGAAAAGAGCUUGCUCAGGUCACUCAUUUGCAAGCCUGUCUCAUUUUGUCAUCUGUUUCCGGCGUGGCAUGUCGCUUGACGAUUUAUCGAGAGCAGGGUUUCGGAGUGACGCAAGAGCUCAGUAGUCCGGAAAUGCUGAGCAAGGUGGGAGAAAAACAAGGCGAACAAGUGGCUCUUGUAGUUUCUCGAAUAACUCGACCUCAGACUCCAGAUAUUAUUCGUGCCGCGAGUGGUGAGAAUGUCUCCAAAUGUGUGGAAUUCUGCGAAUUACCGGAUAAUCAGUCACGGACAAACACAUUAAGUACAACGGCCGAGUCGGGUACACUUCAGUCUACCAGCUCCAAAAUUGCAUCUAUUUCUGCGUUCUCCAAUCUUCCUCUGGAUGUGGGGUCGACUCUUGCUUCCGGCGUCUGCGUUUGCCAAGAACGGGUUGUCGUUUUGCCGAAACGACCUGGAGAAUCCUUGGGAAUGUCCGUUGCAGGUGGAGUGGCCAGUCAGCGGGGUGAUGUUCCGAUCUACGUGACUAACCUUCAUCCCAACGGAAUCGCUGCUCUGUCCGGCCGUGUCUUUCGAGGUGAUAUCCUUUUGGCUGUCAACGAGAUUGAGCUGCUCGGACUAUCCCAUGAACGCGCCGUCGAAGCCUUGAAAAAGGCCAGGGAUUCAUGCGUACAGGUUACUCUACGGUUGCUGAAAGGUCCUGAAGACUGUUUGGAAGAGCGAAACUUUAUACCCAGUUGGUUGUUUUGGCUUCAACUGCCUCGUUACUGUCAGAUUCCGAGGCUUGUUGUUUUGACCCGUGACCCCGUACUUGGUCUCGGAUUCAGUAUCAUUGGUGGCAACGACUCUGACCCGGAUGGCCCGCCAAAGGGAAACGCUACCAAGGACCAGAGACCUUCGCUCCCAAGACCGAUCGUAAUCAAAUCCAUCGUCCCUGGCUCGCCUUGCUUUCGUGACGGCCGCUUGAAGCAAGAAGGACAGCAAGCUGCUCUUGCACUCACACUGGACUCGCUUGGCAUUGAUGUGUACUGUGUCUCAGAAACAAGAAUUCAAGAUGCAAGCACGGUGGUUGAGCCAACCGUCGCAUCACUCUCUACUCGCUUCCGGUUGUGCACCUCUGGCGAUCCAGAGGCUACUGAAACAGGAUGUGCAGGGUUUGGUAUCAUUCUAAGUCACCGAGCGGAAGGAUCUUUGCUUUACUGGAUACGGGUUGAUAGUCAUCCGUGUGCGGUUAGUCUGGAAACGCCUGUGAAGAAGCCCAACAAGCGAGCGGUUGAUCGACAUCUCUUUGUUGCGUCUACUGACGCCCCAAUUGACCGUAGCUCUGCCACCAUCAAAGACAAGUUUUAUGACGCCUUGGGUGUGAGUCCUCUGACCACAUUGUGUCCGUGCCAUCAGUUACCGAUAGCGCGGAUUAAUUACUGGCUGUCAUUUUUGAAACACUUUUCUGGAUUCCGAUAG